AUGAAGGAGAGGGGCUAUGAGCGGUCUCAGGAUCAAUGCCGCGUCAAAGUGAAGAAACUUCGCCAAACUUAUGAAGGUGUGAGACGCAUUGAAGAAGAGUGGGAGUUCUGGAGAAGAAAAAGACAAAUGUCCCUGAUCACAAGGAAACUGCAGCACCUCCAGAUGACACCACUGAUGGAGAGGACCACAGUGCUGCACCCAGCUGUGAUGAAACAAAGAAAGAAAGGCAGGCUAUCCGUGGUGUUCAGGCAAGGCGGCACUUGGGAAGGAAGCGCAAAGCUGAAGCUUCAACGUCUGACUGUGGGUUGCAGGCUUAUAUUGCCCAGCAAACCAAGCAGCUGCAACAGAUGUUUGAAGCUGAGCAAAACCGUCAAACGCAGGAGAGUACAGCUCUGGAGAGUCUUCUAA